AUGUUGCAGGCUAUCAAGCGGUUCCGCAUUCGCGAGCUUUCCGCCCUCCCAAAAAUUGACGCACUCACGGCGAACAGUUCUCUAAAAAUACGGAAUCCCUUCUUGCCGCACAAGAAUCCUGACACCGGACGGUGGGCACCACCGAAAUAUUCGCUGCGUCGACAAGCGGAACUCAUCAAGAAGGCCCGUGCGAGCAACACGCUGAACCUUCUCCCUCCUGGACUCAAGUUCGGAGUAGAUGAAGUAAUAGAGGCUAAGGAGGUGAAGGUGGCUAAGCCAGAGGUGUUGGCUCGCUCGGAAUUUUGGAAGUACGAGCUGGAAUGGGAAGGCAAGUUGAAGCAGAAGGAGGUACCUGGCCAGGAUGUUGGGAACAAGCUAUAUGCGGGUAAGAGGAGGAUGUUCAAGGGGCACAAGUGGGAAAGGACCCGCGAGCAGAGAGAGGAGAAGCGCAAGAUGCUCAUGAAGGGUAUGGCGAAGCGCAUAGAACGUUUUAAGACGACAUACCGCAGGAAGAGGCCGAGCCCUAUAAGUGUACCGCGCCACACAAAUUACACCAGACUACCGUUCUAA